GUGACGCCAUCGACGGCAGGAACGUCGUGUGGACGGAGUGCACAUCGCGGUUGUGUAGUAAUGGGAGUCUUUUCAGCCUAUUUGUUAAAGGACAGCCGCUGAUGCGGUCACAGUGAAUGUAUAUUUCCGCUGUAAUCUCGGAAAUAUUUGUGCCGCCUUGUCUCACGGGCCCUGUUUACUUCUUUAUAUUGUUUUAGGAUGUCUCGGCACGAAGGUGUGAGCUGUGAUUCCUGUAUGAAAGCAAAUUUUCGGGGAAAACGUUACAAGUGUCUGAUUUGUUACGACUACGACCUGUGUGGCACGUGUUACGAGGCAGGAGCAACCAACACAAGGCAUACUCCAGACCAUGCCAUGCAAUGCAUUUUGACACGCUCAGAUUUUGACCUAUACUAUGGUGGGGAGGCUGUUUCUGUGGAACAGCCGCAGUCAUAUACCUGUCCAAUCUGUGGCAAGAUGGGCUUUACCGAACUUGCCCUUCAAGAGCACGUGAUAGCCGAGCACAUGGAUGCUACAUCAGAAGUGGUGUGUCCUGUCUGUGCUGCUUUGCCUGGAGGAGAACCAAACCACGUGACUGAAGAUUUUGCUGCCCACUUGAGCCUAGAACACCGAAGUAACAGAGAUUUGGAUGAACCGUCUGGAUCAAGGCAUGUGCGCAGGAUUCCUCAUCCUGCUGGCAGAGGCAUGAGCAGUGCUCGAGCUCGACGCUCUCAAAUGCAGUUUUCUUCCACUGGUGGUCUUUCUGCACUUUCUCCUAGCAACAGAGACUCUAUGGAUCCUAUUGCUGAGCUUCUGUCGCAGCUCUCAUCAGGUGUGCGACGCACAGCCACUUUGGCAGCACCAAGCACGACAUCGCAAAUUCAACAGUUGCAGAUGCAGCUCCAGCUGGAGCGCCAGCAGGCGCAGGCAGCCCGCCAGCAGGUGGAGCGAUUGCCGCGUCGGCAGGCGCACUUGGCCAGCCCAGCCACUGCAGCUGCCACACUGCACUGCCCACAGGCAGGCAACACCACGCCUGCCUGUGCACCUAGUGGUGAAGCUUCGGCCCCUUCAUCUCACUUCCUGCUCUCAAGGUGUGUGGAGCCAAGCCUUGUAGAGUCUGAACAACAUGCACUGGAGCUUGAGCGUGCCGAUCGAAGUUUGUUUGCCCAAGAGCUGCUGCUGACUACAUUAGCCGAGCGGUUGCAUUGGCCACCUGGUGGUGCUUGGACUCAACAGGACACGUCCAAGCCCACCGUAGCUACGACACCACCCUGCGCUACUGUGGAGAAUCCUGAUCAGGCAACCCCAGCUGCACGUACGGCUGAGCCUGCCCAAUCCGAACGAGCCCAGCCUGACCGGAGCCGAUCACGGGAAGGUCGGCUAUCUCCGUCACGUCGGAAAGUGGUGCGCGUGCUUGAUGAGCGGAACAAACUGAAGGAGCCACCGCAUUAAGUGGGCUGUGCGGGGAGGGGGGGGGGGAGGAAGACGCCGCUUUUGUUUUACUGCUGCUGGUUUUCUCUCACCUCUCCCUCUCCAGCUAGAAGACUUUGCUGGCUCUCACGUUGUGGUGUGGGUCAGCAACGCGCUAUUUAUUCUGCUGCCAAAGUGCAUGGCCUUGUGGAUAUAGCACAACUAGUUCAUGGUGAAUGAAAUAAAAAGUUUUCAUCUGACCAGCA